CGCCCGCCUCGCACGAGCGCUCCGGGCGCCGCCGCCGUUACCGAGCGAGCAGAGUAAGCGGAGGCCAUGGCGGAGCAGCCAGCGCCAUGCCCUGAAGAGGCGGCCCCCGACAACACUCCAGAGCCGCCAACCGCUGGAAAGUUGCGUCCCGCGGGCAACACGGGAGUUGCGAGUUGUCUCAAAGCGAUGUUACCUAGGCCCGUUACUCCGACUGUUGUACGAAAGUUUCGAAAUACAACAGAUCCAGCUCCUGGUGCUAAGAUAAUAUUCUAUGGCACAGCAGAUGAUCCCGACCUUGCAACUCACUUGACACAUGGCAUAAAGUCAAGCUCCAAACACACUGUGGCUUCAUUGAUAAGUCCAGCUGCUAAAAGUGAAUUUCAAGAAAAACUGCAAGAUAUGAAAGAAGCAAUUUACUCCAGUAAUCGUGAGGCACCUUUGGGUAGAUCACAUGAUCAAUCUUCUAAGUUACCUGAGGGCUUGGAUAUAAUUAAUACUACAUUUGGAAUAAAAGUCUUCAAAGAUUUAACAGCUGGAGAGGUUGUAAAUCCACCAAAAACGUUUGAGGAAGUGGAUAAAGAAGCGAGGGAAGGACAUGAGUUGUAUGUUCUGUCACAUGAGGAUUAUGAUGUGGGGGAACCAGUCAAUAGGAAGUAUAACUCACACUUCAACAAGUCUUUUAUUUAUGGAAUGGAAACCCCUCACUAUGAAGAUGGGCGAAAUACAGCCGAGACCUUAAAUUGGAUCUUGGACCUGGAUUCGAAGAGAGCACCACACCUUGUGUCGAAACGAAGUGAUGAUUUCAAGGAAAAAUACCAGCAUCUGGUUGGAAAAGUUCACGAUCCUAUAGCAGAUACUAUGAAUGUUCCCCCAGACCAUACAUUUGGGUUGGUGAUCCCUCCAGAUGAAAAUGAUGUUAAUGGUCUUCUUCAUGUCCGGGUUCCAUGUGAGUUCCUCCGAGGGAAGGACAGAGAAAGAGUCAUCCUGAUUGCAGUUCGGCAGUGUCUGAAGAAAGCUAACUAUGAGAAUUUUGAUGUGUUACUAGAAGCAUUGAGACAUUUUGAUAAGAACGGUGAUGGAACCAUUCACAAGGACAACCUACGAAGGAUCUUUUUUCAACUGAAUGUGAAUCUAGAUGAUGAGCUCCUGGAUUCCUUAUUUGACUGCUGUGAUUUGAAUAAGGAUGGUCUGAUUAAUUACCGGGACUUUGCAAACUUUCUGAACUGGAAAGAUAAAACGGGUGUUAAAGAGUUUGAAGAAAAAAUAAUUAGAAAAGGGAAAAAUUUAGAUGCCUAUCUUCCCAAAGACACAAAGAAAGAGGAUGAACCGCUGCCGGAACAGGAAGAUCUUGAGUUUAAAGGAUCAGGAAGCUCAGAAGAGAUGCCUAAACCAGUUACAAGAUCAACAGACCGUGUAUAUACAAAUUAUCAAACAUCAUCUUCUCAGUAUAAUGCUGUAGUAGGUGGUAUCCCAACAUCCUGUUAUCCAGUGUGUGGUGUUCCAACUAUUCGUUCAGAUAUUCCUGCUCCUCGAAUUCGCCGCCUCACUGACACAACUAAUUAUGGUGACCAGGGCAAUAGUUUUGCAAUAUUGUUCCCUUCUGUCUUCAGUCAAAAAGGAGUGUAUGAAAAAGAUAUUUUAAAAAAGAGACCAAAAGCAGAGAUUAAACAAGUUCUCCACAAUAUGGGCAUGAAUGUGGCAGAUGAAAGGUUUGAAGAAAUAUGGAAGCAAGUGUGUACAAAACAUGAGAUAAAAGAGCUUUGUGAUUGUGAAGAAAAUAUGUGGGAUAUACUGAAUAAGAUACAUGAAUCACGUAUAAAAUUCUAGUCUGUGAUUCUAGUUUCUGGUCACUUCUUUUAUUUAACAUCAGUCAUAAUUCUGAUGCUUAAUAAAUAAUAAAAAAUAAAUAUUUAUAUGUGUAUUGUAUUUCUGAGUAGUGGGUUCACCACAUAUAUAUGAAUCUUUGCAGUUGGUAGGAACUGCUUGUAUGUAUGUAUGUAUGUGUGUAUAAAUGCUUGUAAAUGUAAUACAAAUAUUUAUCUUCCAUUUUGCAUUUUUAAUUUUUUUUUUUUGCUUAUAAAUGGAAAGACACUUUUGAAAGUACUGAAGAUAAUUUUUUCAGAUACUCAAGACGUCUCAAAGAUUAUUAUCAUAUAAUGGCAUUUUCCCAGGACACUUCUCAUGUUCCAUAAUUCUUGUCAACAGAGAUCUGGUUGUGGCAAAGUAUGUGAGAUGUUUGAAAGUUCAUAUGAGAAAGUGCUUUACAGUAAAAUAGUAAGUAAGAUACAUAGCAAUAGGUGUGCGAUCUAAAAUGUUGUCACGAAAUAGACUCCGUAAAAACCUAUACGUUAAGAAGUGAAUGUCCAGUUGUGUGGCAGAGGGCUCCUAUUCUUUAUGCAAACUUAUGACUAUUACUUAAUAGCAUUCUGCUUUCACAAUAAAGAAAAAAGAAUGGAUAUUGAGAGGUGUUUAUGUAAUAAACAUUACAUAAAAGUGCAGGCUUAGUAGUCAGAAAAGUUUGUGAGGGCUUUCAGAGAGCCAGCUGUUCAUUUGUGACCGAUGUAGUUUCUUGGGAAGAGGGAGAGUCAUUAAUGGAAAAUAUUUAAAGAUUAUUAUGCAAAUCUCAAUGAAUAGUCCAGUAAGAAUAAACAAUGGAAAGUAAAUAAUAUUAAAACCUGCAACUGUGAGUUGGAAUGCUCACUCUUCUACUACAGUACUGAACUUUGGUGUAAAACAGAUGGAAAUUGUUCACUAUUAACAGUGAGAAAUACUACUUAUAGACUUUCAAAUGCAAAAGAAAGAUCCUUGCCCAAUGUAAUCUUAACAUACAGGAUUUCAAGAAGGAUGCCACUUUGUCACCUAUUGGUGCUUUAAGUACCUCAGUAAGAUUUGAAGAAUGUUGCCAGCCAAAAGCAUUACUGAGUUUUACAAUGAAAGUAAAGGUUCAGUUAUGUUAAAUGCCCAUUUAAUGCCAGCUUAAAAUUUGACUAUACCCUUCUCUUGCCAUGUUUAAGAUUCCUCUUUUGCCUAUGUUCUAGGAGCUGGAGCGAGCUUGUUACAUGACAUCUGCAAGCCAGACCCUUUUGCACAUUAUUUUUGUAGCAUUAACAGUAGCUGUCUUACAUCAAGUAGAAAGAAUUUGCUUUCUGGUAUCUCCAAGGAGCAGGUGGUGGAAAUGCUGCUUUGAUGAAGGCAGCUUCUUUCCUGCUGUGAAUGAAUGUUCUGCCCUGUUGCUGCCUUGCCUCCCCAUCCUUCUGGAGCUCUCUGCAUGCACUUAGAAGCGUGCAGGAAGCAGACUGACUGUCCCAAGUGGAAUCAUGUCAGAAAGAUAAAUGUACAGCUGAUUACAAUUGAAUUUAUUAUAUUACAAUUUCACCACCUUUGGUGAUAACCUCUGAAACUUCUUUUAUGCUGAUAUUAUGUGGGAGGGAAGAAUCCUUUACCGCUGUUGCAGUGAACUUUAAAAAGCGUUGGAGAGAAUUACUUUAGAAAAAAAAAUUCUUUUCCUCUUCAAUAGAACACUUUAGAUGAAAUAUUCAAGCUCACUUCAGGGGAAAAUAAAAAAAUACUGGAUCUGUGUAUGUGUGUGUGUAUAUGUAUGUGUAUAUAUAUGAGAACUCUUGUGUUUGUUCAGUGGCUUGAAAUUCUGUGAACCCUAUUUUUUUUUAAUCUACCAGAAAGAUACUCACUUGCAUUCCUCUACUUUUCCUUAGAAUCUUUCCUUUGUCAAUGAAAUGAAAUUAUUGUUCUUGGUCAGUCUGCUAAAUAAGUUCUGAAUAAAGAAGGCUGAUAAAUCA